UUUUCCAUCAUACUCCCACAGCCUAAUAUAAUAAGACUUGAAGAUGUCAUCGACACUCCGGAAAAGAUAUUCAUCAUUAUGGAAGUGGCAGAAGGAGGAGAGCUGUUUGAUCGGUUGGUAACUCAAAGGCGACUCCCAGAGAUGACUGUGAAGUUUUACUUCUAUCAGUUGGUUUUAGCUAUUCAGUAUUUACACAUGAAAAACAUCACUCACAGGGACAUUAAGCCAGAAAACGUCCUUUUAGCUACAGAUAAAGAAUUGACGCUCGUCAAACUUACAGACUUUGGAUUAUCCAAGCUGGCAGCUGAUGCCUCACAGAUGACCACAUUUUGUGGCACUCCAACAUACAUAGCUCCUGAACUCUUAGAUUUUGGACAGCUCUCAUACACAAACAAAGUUGAUAUGUGGAGCUUAGGUGUAUUACUUUAUGUAAGUUUAGCUGGAUAUCCCCCUUUUAAUCUGAGUGAUGAUGCCAAGCUGAGGUACCAGAUUAAAAAUGCAGUGUACAACUUCAACCACAAAUUUUGGACAUCAGUCUCAGAUGAAGCCAAAGAUCUCAUCAAGAAGUUAAUGGUUAAGGAUCCCAAGAGCAGACUAAGUGCUACUGAAACACUGAAUCACCCAUGGCUUCAGGAUGAAAAUUUGAAGAAUAGAAUGCAAGAUUUGAAAAACAGCAACAGUACCACAAAGAAAAGAAGAUUAGAAAAUGGAAUUGAGGAAGGUGAUGAUACUGUGGGAUUGUCAGAUGCCAAAAGUCCAAGAUUAAAUCAAGGGGAAAUGUGAUAGUUUGUUCCACUGCAUAGUUGUUUGAGAUUUUGCUUCACCUUGUGUAAUGCUUUUCAUCAUUUGUUCAUCAUUCAUACCACUUAAGUUACACUAACGUAAAUACUGUAUAGUUUUAUAUACAAAAUUAUAAUAAUUUAAAGUAGAGAUUUUUAUUUUGAUAUACAGCUAAGGGCAUCUUGUUAUUAAUAAUUAAUAAUUUUUUUCUAAGUUAAAAACUCUUCAGGUAGGGCAGCAGUCAAAUAAUUUUUAUGGAUAUAACAAGUGUGUGAUAUGAUCACACAUUCCUUAUUCUGUAUCUGUUCUUUACUUACUAUUAUAUAUUUAAAUUUAAUAUGUAUUUUUGUUGAAUGUAAGAUACCUUGUUUGGAAUUUUCUCUGUAGUAUCUUCCCAUUGAAACAUGAUUUAAAAUUAACAUCACAGGUGAAAUCUUGAGUGAAAAAUUCAUUGUUAUAAUAGGAUCAGAAAUACCAGGCAGGUUUUCAGAAAUAACUGUAGACGCCCCACCUAGGUUAGGUAGAAAAGAGCUGUACAAUUUUAUAGGUAUAUAUGUACUCUUGUCACA